CCAAAACUGGCUUAAUAUUAGAACUACUGGUUUUUAACUUGACCGCCAUUGUAGAAUUGCUAACGCCUUCGGACUAUCCAUUCACCCUUCAGCGGCACUCCAAGCGGGAAUAGAAAAAUGACUGCUACGAAGGAAGAAUCUCAGAAAAUUCUAACAACUUUACGUUCUCAAAGAGAUAAUAAAGUCUGUUUUGAUUGUGGAGCAAAAAAUCCAACAUGGAGUUCUACGACAUUUGGAGUUUAUUUAUGUCUUGAUUGCAGUGCUUCUCAUAGAAAUAUGGGCGUGCAUAUCUCGUUUGUACGAUCAACAGUUUUAGACUCUUGGACGUAUGCACAGCUUAGAAUUAUGCGUGUCGGUGGCAACGAAAAUGCGCGCAAUUUCUUUAAGCGUCACGGUGGUGUCUCUGUUUUAAAUUCCAAAGAUUCUAUGAUCAAAUAUUCCUCAAAAACGGCAAAGUCGUAUCGAAAAGAAUUAGAGCGUCUCGCUGCUGAAGAUGAAGAAUUCCACCCGAAUAUUGUAGACAUGAGCUCCAUAGGUGUUUCUGACGCCAAUGCUCUUUCAAACAAAGCUGCCGAUGACGAAGAUGAUUUCUUUUCCGCAUGGGAUAAACCUACUGUUAGAAAACUUGAGUCUCAGGUUUCUGAAGUGGAUCCUGCUGCGUCCCUUUCUUCUCCUAUGCCAAACGAUGUUACCCUUGCUUCCUCUGAAGAUUUAAGUAAAGAAAAUCUUUUGGUGGAUUCUUCAAUUCAGUCUUCUGUUUCUUCCCCUACUUCCUUGAAUACGAAUGUUCAAACUGUGGAUUCGAAACCUAAGUCAUCCAGAACUUCUUCUUCUACCACUACCUCUAGACCUAUGCGCGUCGCUCGCCCGGUCGUAUCAAAAAGUAGCUCCUCAUCAACAACUCGCUCUUCCCGUCCUCAAAUGGGUAUUAAGAAGGUUACGACGGAUAUUGACUUUGACGAAUUCGAAAAAUCCAUUUUGUCUGGUAACUCCGACAAGACAAACGGGAAAAAUGUGGAUGUUCAAUCCACAGCUGCUGCUUCUUCUCCUUCUACAAAUGCUCCUGCUGCUUCUUCUACAGUAGGAGAGAGCGAAAAGACACAUGAAGCAAAGAAGGAACCUACUGUUCAACCAAAAGCUUCAAAGAAUGAAAAGGCCAAGGAUGUUACAGCAGAUUUAGACGCAAGCUUUUCACGUCUCGGGUUUGGACAAUUUGCAGCGGCUUCGAAUGCUCGCGCAAAAGCUUCUGCUAAAGCUCGUGAAACGAAAAAGAAGGAGCUGAACGCUCCUACCUACGCACGUGACAAAUUUGCAACCCAAAAGGCUAUUUCAUCUGACCAGUACUUUGGACGUGGUUCUUACAAUGCAGAUGCUGCUGCAGAGGCUCAAGAACGUUUGGCUUCUUUCCGUGGUGCCACCUCUAUAUCUUCCAAAUCUUACUUCGGCCAAGAAAGUGAAGAAGAAGAUGAAUUUGAAAAAGCUCCAAAGUCCGAUGAUUAUUUCCGUAACCUUGCUGAAACUGCUUCUGAAGAUGUUGAGGCUCUGAGAGAUGCAUUUCAGCAAGGAGCUGAAAAAUUUUCGGACUUUCUUCAAAAGUUUGGCUCACGAUACAAUUUUUAAUUUUGUUUAAUUAUUUUCCUUAAGGGAUUAUUAGUCUUUUUAUAUCCAGAAAUGAGAUAUCAUUUCGUACCUUGAUAUUUAAUUAUUUUUUGUUCCUUGAAAAAUCUGCUCUCUGACUUCUUUUCUAUACCUGUUUGAUAAGCCGUCUUUUUAUAAUUAUUGAGGAGUUGUUUCGUCAGGAGGUGGUUCAGGUUUCCAUUACACAAUUUCAGUCAUUUUAAAAUGAAGUACAAAGAUUUCCACAAUCUUUUCACCUGUGCUGUAGAUUUGCCAGUUGUACAUACGCGCAAAGGACCGAAAACUUUAGUCCCAUUUCAUUAAUAAAAAGUUUUUGUUUUAUAAGACAUCUAAGCCUUCUUGUCUUUCGUCCUCAACGUCCGCUAUACGACUGUACCCUUUUUCCUAAGGAUUUAUAGAUUCAGCAUUCAUGAAUUUAUGUCCGGAAAACUUGCUAUUGAUGUUAGAACCUAUCCUAGAUUUCAAGUUUUUCUUUUACAGUACCAGCAUCAAUUAUGUUUUAUUUUUGAGAUUUCACUUGUACGUUUUGUAAUUGUUUUUCUAAUUGUUAAAUACAAAUUUUAUGUUCAAUAGUAAAAGUACUUAUGAAACGCCCA